UUAUCGACGUUAUCUUUAAACGUAUCGGUAGAUAAGAGAUAACAUAGAAUGUUAGUUACAUUUUAGUCCUAUUAGUGACAUAGCCGCGUAGUCACUGAGCAAGACACCAUUUCGAUUAUUCUAUAUUUAAAUAUUAUUCCAAAAUGGCGGGCGUUCAGAUCGUAGACGGCGACGGCGGCGUUAACAUAGUCGACGGAAGCGGCGGAAUCAACAUUGUUGACGGAAGUGGCGGUAUCAACAUUGUUGACGGAAGUGGCAGUAUCAAUAUUGUUGACGGAAAUGGCGGCGUCAACAUCGUCGAUGGAAAUGGCGGACUCAACAUAGUCGAUGGAAAUGGCGGAAUCAACGUUGUAGACAACACCCCUAACGAAGGUAUCACUGUGAUUGACAACAACAUCGUCGAUGGCGGAAUCAACAUUGUUGAUAAUGGCGGAGUCAACAUAGUUCCACUAAGCGAUGGCGGAGUCAACGUCGCUGAGUAAAUCUAGUAAAUUCAAUCAUUUGUUGUAUUUUCGUGUUGUAACAAUACAGAUCUUAAGCAUUUAUUAGUGGUAUCAACAUGGAUCCUGGAUGGGUACAGUAAUGAUUAAUGUACCCUAAUAAACGUUUGUUACAUACAAUUCACAGCUUCAUUCCUAUACACGCAUUUUACGCACCAAUCGACACAAAAGAAAUACAUUUAAAUUACCUCAUUAAUAAAUUCCUGCAAUGUAUAAUAACUUUUUACAAUUAAAUGUAUUUUUAAAGCUAUUUUUAAACUAUUUACAAUUAUUUUCUAUUUUUUUUUAAUUUAGUAUGGAUUUUAUUUCAAAUUUUAAUUGAUUUUUGAGAAAUUUUAAGUUUUUGCAACAUAAAGCUUAUGUUCAAUUAACCAUUAAAUUAAUUAAUGUCAAUAAAUAAAAAUUGUUUAAACUUAA